AUGUCCACUGCUAUCGGAAUCGAUCUCGGCACAACUUACUCGUGCGUUGGUGUCUUUAAGAACGACCAGGUUGAGAUCAUUGCGAACGAUCAGGGCAACCGCACAACGCCGUCGUACGUGGCGUUCACCGAGACGGAGCGUCUUGUCGGUGAUGCCGCGAAGAACCAGGUUGCGAUGAACCCGACGAACACCGUCUUCGACGCGAAGCGCAUGAUUGGCCGUAAGUUUGAUGAUCCCGAUCUGCAGUCGGACAUGAAGCACUGGCCCUUCAAGGUGACCGUGAAGGAAGGCAAGCCGGUGGUUCGGGUGGAUUACCAGGGCGAGACAAAGACAUUCUUCCCUGAGGAAAUUAGCGCCAUGGUGCUGUCAAAGAUGAAGGAGAUUGCGGAGUCGUACCUGGGCGAGAAAGUUUCUCGGGCAGUGAUCACGGUGCCCGCGUACUUCAACGACUCCCAGCGACAGGCGACGAAGGAUGCCGGCACGAUCGCGGGGAUGGAGGUGCUGCGCAUCAUCAAUGAGCCGACAGCUGCCGCCAUUGCGUACGGCAUGGACAAGAAGGCGGACAAGGGGGAAAAGGUGGUUCUCAUCUUUGAUCUUGGCGGCGGCACGUUUGAUGUCACGCUGCUGACGAUCGACGGUGGCAUCUUUGAGGUGAAGGCGACGGCAGGUGACACGCACCUGGGCGGCGAGGACUUUGACAACCGGCUUGUGGAUUACUUCGCAACGGAGUUUAAGACGCGUUUUGGCAAAGACCUUCGCGGUAACGCACGGGCUGUUCGGCGCCUUCGCACGGCGUGUGAACGUGUUAAGCGAACGCUU